UCAUAACAAAAAUAUAAAGGGCCCCGACUUUGAAGUUGGUAUUGGACUCCUAAAAAGACAGGGUCAGACCAGCAUACAAACUUCUAUAAGCCGUACGUACGUCUUCAUCUUUAUUUGCAUAGAGCAUUCAACUUAAAGAAUAUACCAUUGUUCUCCGUCAUCUGGUUUCAGCAUAAUGGAUCAUAGAAAAACAAGAACAAACUGGGCCUUUUGGAAGUUUGUUUAUACUAGAUAUUUUUUGCACAAGAUAGACAAAAAUUUGAAUUGGAGGGUUACCGUUCAUUGAUUUAAUCUUAUCCUCGUAUGCCAUUUUCUUGGUCCAAAACCACUAUCCAUAAAAAUCUUUCAAACAAACCAAAGGCGCCAAUAAUUCUCCCAAACCAAUGGCUUCCACUUCAACAUCGUCUCUAUCUCUACAGAAUAAUGGCCGGAAAAUAAGCUUUCCCGUAUUCCAGACAACAGCACUCCAUAAAAACAUUAAAUUUUCACUUUCUUUACGUUCAAAAGUAGUAAUUAAAAGCUUGAAAUCCUCGAGUACUACGAAGUUCAAUGAGGUGGUGGUGGACGAAGAAAUGGAUAAGAUUAGGAGGCUGCAAAAUGGGUCGGAUGUCCGUGGUGUUGCACUGGAAGAAAAAGGGCGGACAGUGGACCUCACACCGCCAGCGGUUGAAGCCAUUGCCGAGAGCUUUGGAGAGUGGUUGGUUGACAGAUUGGCAAAGGAGAGAGGAGGAGAGCUGGAGGGAGAAGAAGUUAGGGUCUCUUUGGGGAAGGACCCAAGAAUUUCCGGCGCAUCAUUGAGCGUGGCCGUGUUUGCCGGGCUUGUUGGUGCUGGUUGUGUGGUGUUUGACAUGGGUCUAGCAACUUCACCGGCAUGUUUCAUGAGCACAUUGUUGCCUCCGUUUGCCUAUCAUGCUUCCAUAAUGAUGACGGCAUCACACCUACCCUACACCCGGAACGGUCUAAAGUUUUUCACGAGAAGAGGUGGGUUGACAUCGCUGGAAGUGGAGGAGAUAUGCGAUAGAGCAGCUCGAAAAUUCGCUAAUCGGCUCGCGAAAGUGUCAACAACGCUGCCGACUCCUCCGAAAAGAGUUGAUUUCAUGUCCAGUUAUGCCAAACACCUCCGGGACAUAAUCAAAGAAAGAGUGAACCAUCCAUUGGACUAUGAAACUCCUCUCAAGGGAUUUCAGAUAAUUGUGAAUGCCGGGAACGGAUCCGGAGGCUUCUUCACAUGGGACGUGCUAGACAAACUCGGAGCAGACACCUUCGGCUCUCUCCACCUCAACCCAGAUGGAAUGUUCCCAAACCACAUCCCAAACCCAGAAGACAAAACCGCCAUGUCCCUAACCAGAUCCGCAGUCCUAUCCAACUCCGCGGACCUCGGGAUCGUCUUCGACACGGAUGUCGACCGUAGCGGCGUUGUCGACAAAUUCGGCAACCCUAUCAACGGCGACAAGCUCAUCGCUCUCAUGUCUGCAAUUGUUCUCAGAGAACACCCCGGGACGACGAUCGUGACCGAUGCGAGGACUAGUAUGGCGUUAACGCGGUUUAUCACGGAGAGAGGGGGAAGGCAUUGCUUAUAUCGGGUUGGGUAUCGGAAUGUGAUUGAUAAGGGGGUUCAGCUUGAUAGGGAUGGUGUUGAGACGCAUCUGAUGAUGGAGACGUCUGGUCAUGGGGCUUUGAAGGAGAAUCAUUUCUUGGAUGAUGGUGCUUAUAUGGUGGUGAAAAUCAUAAUUGAAAUGGUGCGCAUGAAGCUCGAAGGAUCAGAUGAAGGCAUUGGUAGCUUGAUCAAAGAUCUUGAGGAACCAUUGGAAUCGGUAGAGCUACGGAUGAACGUCCUCUCUGAGCCAAGAGAAGCAAAGGCAAAAGCUAUUGAGGCUAUUGAAGAAUUUAGGAACUACAUUGAGGAAGGGAGGCUACCAGGAUGGGAGUUAGACUUCUGUGGAGAGUGUUGGGUAAGUGAAGGCUGCCUUGUAGAUUCAAAUGAUGCUCCAGCUGCUGUUGAUGCUCACAUGUACAGGGCUAAAGUUUCAGAUGAAGAACAUGGGCAACACGGUUGGGUGCAUAUUCGGCAGAGCAUUCACAACCCAAACAUUGCUGUAAAUAUGCAGUCCACUGUUCGGGGUGGAUGUAAAAGCAUGACAAGAGUCCUCACAGACAGGUUUCUCAUAGCCAGCGGAGCCGACAGAAUCCUUGACAUUACUCAUAUCGAGAAGUAUGCAAAAAGCUGAUACUGUCCCUGCGAAUUUAGGAGUCAAUCUAACAUCAAAAAUAUAAUGACAAUAUGAAGUUUUUAUACAUGGCACGGAUCAUUUUGUACAUGGCUCAUUUCAGAUAGAGCAUGCAUCUACAUUUGACUCUUGAGAAUUUCGUGUAUUAAUAGUAUUAUAUGACAUAAAGUGUUAAGAAUGGAGCCCAAAAA